GAAAAAGCAAAAAAGAAUUUCGGGCACAGGACAAAUCUAGCCUAUGAUGGGCAGCAGCGGCCAGCGGCCAUUCGUCAACUGAGUUUGAUAUUCUCCCACUUACGAGUUGGUCACUGCCGAUUACAGUCGGCGGCGCCAUUUUUUCCAUUCUCCAAUUGGUUUGCUUCCCGUUUCGUUCCAACCAAAGGGAAAGCAAAGAUGAGCAAGAAGAAAAAUCCUUCCGUGUUUUUUGAUUUAUCUAUCGACCGGGAUCCGGCGGAACGAAUUGUUAUUGAGCUUUUUGCUGAUGUUGUUCCCAAGACCGCAGAAAAUUUCCGGGCGCUGUGCACUGGGGAGAAGGGGAUUGGGGAUAGUACUGGGAAACCUCUGCACUACAAAGGAUCCUCUUUCCAUCGAGUAAUUAAAGGAUUCAUGGCUCAGGGUGGUGACUUCUCAAAGGGAAACGGUACUGGUGGAGAGAGUAUCUAUGGAGGGAAAUUUUCAGAUGAGAACUUUAAAUUGAGGCAUGAAGGACCGGGCAUCCUUUCUAUGGCAAAUAGUGGUCCGAACACGAAUGGAUCUCAAUUUUUCAUUACUUUUAAGAGUCAGCCUCACCUUGAUGGGAAACAUGUUGUUUUUGGGAAGGUUGUUAAGGGACUUGAUAUACUAAAGAAAAUUGAACUGGUAGGAACAGCUAAAGGGGAUCCUCUUCAACCUGUAAGAGUUGUGGACUGUGGUGAAACUUCUGAUGCUAAACUUCAUACUGUGGGAAAGGAUUCAGGAACCAAAAAGAAAUCUGGAAAAUUUGCUUCAGAUGAUAGCUCUGAUGAAAAGGUUAAAGGAGGACGUAAAAAAUUACUGAAGGAUAGAAGGAAGAGAAGAAGAAAAAGAUACUCUUCAUCUGAUUCAUACAGCUCAGAUUCUGAGUCAGAAUCUUAUUCUUCAGAUUCUGAAACUUCAGACUCAGAUUCUUCAUCAUUUGAUUCAAGUUCUAGUGAUGGGAGACACAAGAAGAGGAAGUCCUUGAAAAGAGAUAAACGCCAAGGCAAGAGGAAAAAGAGGGACAAGAAAAGGGAGAAGAAGAGGAGUAGGCGUGAUAAGAGAUCCAGGCGCAAGUCUAAACGGAGUUCGGACAGUGCAAGUGAUUCUGAAACUGAAAGUAGCAGAAGCAGUAGUUCUGAAGACAAUGAAACUGAUCGUGUUCUCUCUCGUAAAAGCAACAAUUCUACUAUGGCUGAAAAUUCGAUGCUUAAUCUUGAUGAGAUGAAAAAGUCUGGUGGUCAACAAUCUGAGAAAGCUGCAGUACACAAAGGGAAUGGCCAACAGAAGUCAAUGACUGAAGUGAAUUCUCCACAUGAAGAAGGAGAAUUGCCUCUGAAGCGGGACAAGCUUUUGAAGAAUGGGCAUGAUAUAGAUUCUAAAGCUGAUAAAAAUGAUAUUCGCCACACUUCUUCUCACGACUCCGAUAGAUCCAAGAAUGUCAUGCGAAGCCCUAGAAAGAGACCAAACAACAGCCAGAGGCGCAUCUCGAGCCAAAGUCCUGAAAAAGCUUCCCGGAGUCCAAAAUUGAGAAGUGAUUAUGGGAGUCCUGUUAGAAGGUCUGUUGAAAGAGAGCAGAGGAUUUCAAGGAGUCCUGUGCACAGUCCUGCUCGUAGGGCUCUGGGACCUCUUACCUCUAACCGAGGGCGGGGUGCUGAGUCACGAAGCCCAUCUCCGAAUGGUGUCCCCAAGCGCAUUAGGAAAGGACGUGGCUUCACCCAACAGUAUUCCUUUGCUCGUCGAUACCGCACCCCUUCUCCAGAGGGUCCUCGCAGGUCUUUCUAUUAUGGGGGAAGAAAUGUCAAUGAAAGGAACAAUGACAGGUACUCAAGCUAUCAAAAUUAUUCGGGACGUUCACAGUAUGGACGAUACAGAAGCCCAGCAAGAGGCAGAAGUCCCCCUAGAUAUGGACGUCGUAGAAGUAGAAGUAGGAGCAGAUCUCGGAGCAGCCCAGGAAAUUAUCAUGGAAGAAGGAACAGAGCUCACAGCAGGAGCCAGAGCCCUCCUAUACGAAGUCCCAGUCCAACAGACAAGCGGCCUCCUGUUAGUGAGGGUUUGAGAUCACGUCUUGGCCCUCGAAUUGAUGAUGACAAUUCAGGUAAGAAAGGAAGACUGAGGUCAACAUCCAGGUCUACUGCUAGCUCCAGGUCAAGGAGCAGGUCAUCGUCUCCUCUCUCGAAAUCUCCAGAUCGUGCACCACCAAAACGAGGUAGAACAGCUAGUAGCAGGUCGAGAUCAAGCUCAUUGUCAGGAGGACAGCAAGGUCUGGUUUCUUAUGGGGAUCCUAGUCCCGAUAAGUAAGAAACUGCUGCCCCAUCCUGGAUAUGGUUGCUGAAUGCUGAGCACAGGAAGAGUAAGCCUGUCUCCUGGGUGUCUUGUCAUACUCAUACCUGACAUCGAUGAAUUGCCAAGAGUAGUCAGCAAGGCUGGCACUGCUGUAAUGAGUACCAAAGGUAGAUGGAAACUGGAAACAUGAUGGUUGUUAUGGGUUUCUCCGGCCUUCUGCGACCUCUUGGUUUUGUGGGUAGAUUAAAAUCCUCUUUCUUGGGAGAUAAAAGACCAAAUUAAGCUCUUAUGAAGCGGCUAUGUAGAAUUGCGAAAUCGAAGCUGAGUGCUCGUUUCUUGGAAGCCCAUGUUAACGGCAUGUAAUAAUAAACUUUCGACAUGUAGAAGGCAGUUGUAGCUUGUUCAGGAUAAUGCUUUUUAGAUUGGUGUGUUUAAAACUUGAUUGAUUUGGUUUUUGCUGGUAAACAAUGUUCUAGUUUUGCUUCAACAGUGUAAUGCGCAAUUUAAACUCUGGGAUUUUGGGAACUCUACUCUGCCAACUUGGUGGUCAUGUUUUACAUCAUGCUACCAUCACAAAUGGGAGAAAAUGACUUUCGAAAGAAAACGGUCCUGCUUAUUGCGCAACUAGGUAAUCAGAAAUGAGUUCUGCCGACCUCUAGCCUUCCGACACAUAAAUAAGCAUACAUCAGGUGCCAAAUUCUCAAUACAUUCCGAAAGAAAAGCUACAAUCUAUAUAUAACAAUGGUCUCAGUUUCGCUUCAGUUUCUCCUUCAUUCUCUCCACAGCGCUCAGCAACGUUCCCUCAUCUUUGCAGAAGGUGAACCUCACCAAGUUCUUCCCAUCUUCUGGAUUCAAGUAGAAAACACUAGUCGGAAUCGCCACCACACCAACUUCUUUAAUCAAAUACUCACAAAAUGCAAUAUCGUUGUCGAGGCCAAAAGGGGUAUGAUCGACCACCACAAAGUAGGUCCCGCUCGAUGGGAAUACUUUGAAGCCAACAUCCUUCAACCCUUUAACCAGAAUCUCCUUCUUUGUCGAGUAGUCCCUUCUCAGCUCCUCGUAGUAAGAAUCUGGGGCUCGAAGUGCUACAGCAGCUGCCGACUGCAUUGGAGUAGAUGUAGCAAAAGUGAGGUAAGAAUGUGCCUGUCUCACUCCCCACGUUAAGUGAGGGGGAGCUAUGGCCCACCCAAUCUUCCACCCGGUUAAUGAGAAGGUCUUCCCUAAAGAGUUCAAGGUCACUGUUCUCUCGUACAUCCCAGGAAGUGAUGCCAUAGAGAUGUGAUCGGCUUCAAAGGCCAACUUAUCAUAGACCUCGUCAGAAAAAACCAGCACAUCAUUCUCAAUGCAGAGUGAUGCAAUAGUGUCCAGUUCUUCCCUAGUAAACAUCUUGCCAGUUGGAUUAUGUGGAGUGUUGAUAAGAACUGCACGGGUAUUCUUCGAUAUGGCAGAUUUGAACUCAUCCAGUGGAACAGCAAAAUCUGGGGGGCGCAGAGUUAUGGAUUUGACUUGGGCACCUGCCAUUGAUAGUGUAGCCUCAUAGGAGUCGUAGAAAGGAGCAAAGACAAUCACUUCAUCACCAGGAUUUAUCAAGCCCAACAUUGUUGCUGCUAUGGCUUCUGUGCAGCCUGAGGUGACAGUAAUCUCUUUGUCGGGGUCCACUACAAGACCAGUGUCCUUCUUGAAUCGCUCAGCAAUGGCAGCAUUGCAAUCCGGGACCCCGAACCCACGAGCAUAUUGAUUCUUCCCAUCCUUUAUGGCCUGAAUAGCUGCCUCUUUAACAAAGUCGGGGCCAUCAAAGUUCGGAAAUCCUUGACCAAGGUUUAUUGCUCCAUGUUUAAUAGCUAGCAUGCUCAUCUGAGUGAAUAUAGUAGUUUUGAACUUCUCUAAACGCUUUGCAACCUGUAACGGGUGCUGGGUCUGCGAGGAAUUUGGAGUGACAGCAGCAGUGGCAUCUUUGUCGGGGUGGGGAACGGAGACGGUGGAUAGAGCGGCCAUGAGGGAUGGGCGGCGGAAGAUUGGUGCGGCGGCUGGAGUAAGGGAGCGCGUGGAAUUGAUAAACAACUGACGGAGAGGGAAGGUCCGGGGAAAAGGGGAGGAAGGGUUAUUAAGGAGAAAGGAGAGGGGUCUAGACAUAGUGGGAGGAGGAGAAUGUGUCCAGGUACAUUGACUCUCUAGCAUCUGAUUCCGAUCCUUGUUAGGCUUUUCACCUUCUUCAGUGGUUGAAGCUGCCGAAGACCAAGACUUGCGAAUGCACGGCGGUCCACUCCCAGUUUCAAGCCAGAUGGAGUUGGAAUCGGGUUAAUGAAACGUACAAAAAGGGAGAGAGUAGGCAAGGAAUGAUUUUUGGUAACUCUCCUCUGCCAACUUCGCGCAAAUGAGUUCAUCCGGAAGACAGUUUUGAUGUUU